AUGAAGCGCGCCUCCACCAACAUGAAUGUCGCCUUGCAGCCUAAGGUCGCCAUGGCGAAGCGCUCGUUCGAGCAAUCCAUUCAGCAGAUGGGUCUCAAACCCGGCCGCGAGGUCUACCAGGACGAUGAGCGCCUUUUGGACGCCCUGCUGGAUCUCGAUGAACUCCGCACAAUGCUUCAAUCUGUCGCCUCCGCCGUCGACCAACAUCGCACCCGCCUGCUCGACGUCGCACGUUCGGAGGCCGCCAUCGCUACCAUUCUUGCCACGCCGAACGACAACUUGCUCGCCCUGCUCCGAAAGCAGCUCUCUCCGGCACGUAUCGACGCGCAACGGGGCUUGGGGGAAGCCCAGAUGUCAGCUUCUAACGCUGUCGCGCGAUUCGCGCUGGAUAUGUCCACACCUAUGUCCGAUCUGUCACGCACCUUUGAUGAGGCAUACAACGGCAAGAUUGUCCCACUCAAGAAGCGAUAUAUCGCCCAGAAGACCGAGUAUUUACGUUACAUGCGCCAGGCCCAAGCCGCCGAGGAUCUCGCUCGAAAGGAAAGUCUAAACUCGAUGGCGGAAUCAGCAGUGCCUAUGUGGAAAGCAACUAGCGAUACCCUCAUGGCCGAAAUUCAGAGCUUGGUGUCCUACGCCACCAGCAACAUGAGCGAAUGGACACUAAACGUGGCACAAGCACAAUCCGAGACCUUUUCACGAACUGCUAGAAUCUUUGAGGAGCCAGCUCGCGAUGCAGAGAAGGCACAAAACCUCCUGCCAACCUGACUCAAGCCCAGGCCACUCCUACCAAUACAUCUUGUGCAAGUAACUCCCUACUGAUUAGACAAUACGGAUUUUAUUCUGGAACAUCACCGUUUGACUGAAAAAAAGUCCUCUGGCA